UCUAUGACUGUUUGUGAUUCAGUCAGUGUCGCCGAGUCUCUCAUCUCAUUCGCUAUCACACGCUUUUCGCAUAAAUCUGACAGGGUUUCCCUCGUGAAAGCGGAAAAACAACCGCGACGUUAGCGCCGUUUUUUUCUGACAGAUUGCGCCUUAGUGGAACUAUGAAAUUCAUCGGUCCCCGGGAGAAAGAGCGGCGGCUGCCCGGCUCAGGUGAGCCAUCCCGGGUGUGAGAGCGAAAUCGAGGCCGCUGGCGCUGAGGCCUAGUGCGGCCGGUUUAAUGUUUCACUCGACAAUACAGAACAGCGCUCCGUCUCCGUCAGGACCAGCAAUGGCUUCUUUAUGUGAUGCCAGAUUGACAUUGAUUGACAGAUGAUGCUGGAGGCACCUGUGCAGGUGAGCAUCACAGAAGGAGAAUGAAGCUUCAUUCGGACCCGAGUGAGAGCACACACACGUGUGAGGACAUGAACCUGAACCACCGUAUGACCUUGACCUCCUGUGCACUGAAACCCAUGGGCCCGGAGGGGGUGGAGCUCCUGUGCAAUGGGUCUUCUGACCAAUCAGAGCUUGAGAAUUUCACGGCACAUUGUGAUGAAAGUGACCCGGUGACCUCUGAAGACGACAGCAAGUCCAGUACAGUGGAGAACGGAGACAAUUUCACGCCAGAGAUCCAGCAGGCCUACAGAAUAUUUCAAAGCUUUCUUUCUGAGAAGCAUAAAUCCAUAACGGCCCCGUUCUGGCAUCCCAGAUCCCAGAGCUCUGAUGCAGACAUGAGCUUCAGAAAGAUGAGUGAUAAAUUUGUAAAUCGCGAGUAUGAAUCCAUCACUGCGUUCGUGGCCGAUUUCAGACUGAUGUUAGAGAACUGUUAUCGCUCUCACGGAGUUGAUCACUGGAUCUCUAAACAGGCCCAGAAACUGGAGAUUAUUCUUGAACAAAAGUUGACCCUGUUGUCCAGGACGUUGCGUGAGAAAACCACGCUAGCUGUGACUUCAAGAGGUCGUUUUGGCACCGAGGAUGAGAAAGCGUCGGUCGGCACGUCGUCCAGGCGGCGUUUGGUGCCACGAAACCUGGCGGCCAUUACAGUGGGCGGCAGUGAGUCCAUCAUGGUGCAGGCGCUGAGACUGGAGGAGCUGCAGAAAGCGAAAGACCAGAAGAGGCAGCGUGAGCUGGAGCGUAAAGAAGCAGAGGAGGCGUCGGUGAAAGAUUUGGAGGAUUGGGAGAGUUCACUGCUUGCGCUGGCGGAACCGUGGGCUGUCCGGACCAUGUGGGAGCUUCCCGCCAUCGGCCACUUCUUGUGUCUGGCUCAGAAGGCACUCAACCUCCCCGAGAUCGUCUUCUACGAGCUGGAGCGCUGCUUGCUAAUGCCGCGCUGUAGCUCGUUCCUAGCUAAGGUCAUGACCUCUCUCCUCCUUCACCCGAAUAAAAGAGCGAAUGCCCACCGCCGCCCGCCGUUGCCAUACAGAAAGUGGGAGGCGGAGCUCCGGCGUCGGGUCCAGGACUGGUAUCGUUCGCUCGCGAGGGCAGAGGACCAAACAGCUCGUGCCGAACUCCUAGGACUUUCACAUCAGUUCUUCUGGACGCUAGGAGACGUGAGUCCGCUAGAGGAGACGCCGUUCCAUAUGCUCACGUUUAAGCAGCGUGUGUGGCUCCUCAAGGGCCUGUGCGAUCACGUGUACGAGACGCAGAAGGACGUUCAGGUCGCAGUUCUCGCGCAGCCGAUCCACGAGUGCCGCGAGUCCAUCCUGGGCUAUGAUGCACAGGAGAACGCGUAUAUACACUUCCCUCACUUCUGCGGUGCCGACCUGCGGAUCUACCGCCAGAGUCCGUGUACCGCGAUGGAGUUUCCUCUUCCGCUGUUAUGUGUCAAGAGAUCGCAGGAGGAACCGGAGGGGUCAGAGGUCAAGCUGGAAACACAUGUGAUGAAGGAGCUGAACGCAUGGAAGGAAGAUUCGCUCGCCGACGGGGAGGAUCCGGAUCAGAAAUGUUCCUCCAGCUUCUUCUCAUGGUCUCUGGACUCUGGAAGUGUUCGAGGAGCGUUCACCGAGGAGGAGCGGUUAAAAGAAGAGGAUGAGGACGUGUGCGAGCCGAGCUUCGGAGUGGGAGAGAGUCUAUAUAAUGGAGUUGCAUCCGCUCUGAAUAGUCACAGAAGUCCUGAAAAAGAUGCAAAUCACAUGACCUGUGAGGACCAAUCACAACUCCAGAAGAAGAAGAGACAGAGGAAAAAAGACUUGAAGAAACCCAAACUGAGCUUGAAGAAGCGAACGGCUAAAAGCAGCAUGACGAGAGCAGCUACAGCCGUGAAGAAAAAAGACCAGAGGAAAAGACGGAAACUGGGGAACAGGGCUGAUGGGAAACUGUUGAGGAGACCAGCGGGAUCUGCUCUUUUCCAAUCAGGACCCUCGUUUCAGUUGAUCUGCUCCAGUCUGGAUGAUCUCCGAGUCCUGAUCAGCAAAACACAAGAUCAGCUACAACAACUAAAUGGCGGCAAAAAGAGAUCUGACCGACGGCCGAACAGAAGAUCCGCUGUGAAAGAGUUGCACGUCACACUAAUCCGGCUGCUAAACGAGCUGUUGCCAUGGGAACCCAAACUCGUCAAGGCCUUCCAGAGGAACAGAGCGCGCUUGAAAAAGGAAUGUGACGACUUCAGAAAGCACCCCGAAUAUGAGCAGUUCACCAGGGAGCGCGUGGAGACGUGUGUGUGUCAAGAUGGCUCGCUCUCUGCAGAGACCGGACGCAUGCAGGAUGGGGGAGUUGGAGCUGUGGAGGGCCACUCUGAGCCAGCAACCGAGAGUGUAAAUCAUCUAGGAAAUCACGAAUCAAGAUGCCAAGUUGACAGACCUGAAAUUGUCAUGCAGUUGUCAGAUUCUGGACCCUUCACACGCAGCUCAAGACGUCGCCAAAGCGGUGCAAUCAGCGAUGAGCUGACCCUGUGCAAAAAAGGCAAAACAGACCCAGAGAGCUCUUUAACAUCAGAAGGUAAUGUGCAAGCUGCAUCCAGGGAACAAGCAACAGGGAUCCCACAAGUGUUAGCAUUGCCUCAGCCUUUGAGUGGUUAUCAGGGUUCUUGCAAACCCAUCCAGGCACUUCUGGCCAAGAGUGUUGGAAACAAAGUGACCUUAAUAAGUCAUCCUAAAUCUCCAGUGAUGGCUCAGAUUCUGCGGGAUAACAACAAGACUUCUGUAGCUCUGCCGCCUAUCCGAUUAUCAACUGCCUGUUCGCCAACUGAACCUGAAACUACUUUGACAACUGAAAGUACUGAUCAAGUGGUUUACAAGACGGCAGGUGGCGUUGGGCUUCUCAGGAAAGGAAUCACUUCUGCACAGACAAUAACAGAUCAAAAAUCAAUGCAACAAGUUGUUAUACUGCCUUCAAAUCUACUGAUUCAAAGCGCUGAGAAUAAGGCGUCUACAUCUCUCCCUAAGACCGCAACAUACUUGUCCAAUGUUUCAGGCUUCACCAUACCGGAAAACAGGGUUCCUGUUCAGCAAGUGGCACCAUUAAAAGACACCAGCACUGCCAGAACACCAUCUGCUGUAGUUAUUCCCAAUUUAAGGACUUUAAAGAGUGUUUCUGGAGGUUCUGCCAUUCCUAAAAAGACUCCUGAGCCAAAAGUGGUCGUAAAUAAAUCAGAUAGUAGGGGUCCGACCAAACCUGACGCUAACCAGGAGCUCCGGACAGUGUGCAUUAGAGACUCGCAGUCUAUCCUUGUCACUACGAGAGGAGGGAACACUGGGGUGGUAAAGGUUCAGACGUCUGAGAGUGGAACGGGGUCAUUGCCUCCAAGUCCUGUUUUUACCAUAUCGCCACAACUCCAAGCCUUUCUCGUGUCGAAAUCUUCCACGUCCAUUACGCAAGCGGUUUCGGCCACCGUUUCUGCUAAUUCUUUACUUGGAGUCAUUCCUCAGUCGAACAGAGUCAGCUCAUCGACUUUCGUGCCCAGAACUGUCCCUCAAUCAACCCUGAAUCAGAAUAGCAGUGAUUUGGCCAAAACAUCGAUCCCUGGUAAAUCUCCAAUCCUGUCCACGAGCAAAGACAUCCAAGGCUUUCAGGAGGAUACAGUCUCCAAAUGUGGAACGAAACCUUUACAAAAAAGGCCUCUACCAGGAGGCCGAACUGCUUUCCAAAAGGUUUUCCUCGUCUCGCCUUCACCGAAUAUUCCUUUGCCAGCAUCAAAGGUCAGCACUACUACAGCAACCUGUACUUUGCCUGGAUCAAGAGUCAUGUUUAUAAGUAACUCAGCACUUAAUAUUCAAAAUGAGGCGUCAUCUUCAGACGUCAACAUAUCCUCUACUAGUACACCAGCGUUGAAGGUCAUUCCCAAGUUGGGGACAACUUUAUCCUGCACUUCUGUUGGUACAAGCAUCCAAAGUUUCAGUGUCCCAGGGUUGAUGUCAGGAAUACUCGGUACAAAUAAGAAUAUGCCGUCAGCAACCGAAGCCUCUGUGAAAACUACACCCGUGAUCGUCUCCAGAGUUCCAGCGACGUCAACUUCAAGUGGACUACAGAUUGGACAAAAGACCUGUUUGGUUGCAAGCGGAAAUCUGUCAGAAAGUUCUCUGAAAGUACCUGGGACUGUUGAUGGGAAAACUCUCACGUUUUCAACGCUAGGCACCGGCCACAUGGCUUCUUCUGCACUUUUAUCAGUUGUAAAACCGGAUGUACCUUCAUCGAUUUCAACAUUAAAUGCUCUGCACUGUAAACCGACUAUAUCUUCCUCUUAUUCAGGAAGCCUUAUUAACAAACACACUACAUUACCAGUUGAUGUUAACAUUGAUAAGACACCAAUGAUCACAUCCCUUUGCACUUCACGUUCACUGGUCAAGACAACAACUUCUGGACUAUCCAGUCCUCUUGCAUUGAGUCCAGUGGUCAUGACCUCUGGGCUCCGACCUCCGACCUCUACCGCCAAGAGUGUCCAGGAGAAAAUAGUGAUUAAUACCACUGCCCCACUUGCCCCUGGAACUCAACUCCUGAUCAAUAACACCAGAUUUGUUGUACCUUCUCAAGGACUUGCACCUGGCAGCCAUGUUCUGCUCAUCAACUCUUGUCCUGGAGGGAUGCAAGGCUUAAGUUCUGCUUCCCCCGUUCCUCGAGGUCUAAACACUUCAACUCCUGUUACCGUUCCUUCAGUUGUGCAAGGAAUUAGAUUGGUAACACCAGUCAGGCUACCCUCACCAAAAGUUGGACUUUCUGAUCAAAUCAAUCAACAACUGAGCACAAGAACACCAAUGAGUGUGUCUGGUCUCUCACAAGCUCUACGCUCUGGUGUAUCAUCAGACAUUGUGAGACUACCAAUCUUUCAAACCUCAGUUACACCAUCACAAGGUAUCAAAGAAACCUCUCCUCUUCAAGGAGGUUUACUAAGCACAACUUCUCCGAUGCUCUUGCAAGGAAGACCAUCCCAAAACCAAGUGGUACCCACAAUAAAAACUUCAGUUGCACAUCAUUCACCAUUGGUAAAUGCUCCACCCAUUAACAGCACGAUAUCACGGAUGCAGAAACUUCCUGUUGCAAUGGUUCCACCAAUCGGCGGUGCAACCAACGCCAGUCCAGCCACUCCUAUUGCAAGUGUUCCUCCGUAUAUGAACUCAGUGAUAAUGACACCUAUCAGACCCGGGACAAUCGGAAAAUCUGCUAUUUCACCCCAUCCACUACAAGGUCAAAACAUGGUUCCCAGCCCUAGCAAACUGCUGUUGAGUCCAGAUGGUGCCAUUUUAAAUAUAGUUCAAGCUUCAAGCAUACAAGUGUUGGCAAAGCCAGUGGUUAGUUCCUCCUCGAGUAGUGUUACUGUACCUACUUUAAACACAAAUGAUCCAAUGAGAAAACCAGAUGCAUUGGAGAGAUCGAAUCACUGAAGUCACUGUGGAGGUCAUCUGUUGUUUCCGGUUGUGAUUAUGGAGGAUGCUUUUCUUACUUAGUAUUUUUGUCUUGUUUCCAGUCCAAAUAUCUAAAAAUUCUUAAAUCACGAUGCAUUUACUAGAUGAGUA